AACGUCAAUCGCGCGCCGCGUUGUUGUAAACAAACCCCUGCAAAUCACCAAAAAAAAUCUUGACCCGCCGCGGAUUGAAAUCACUUUUCUCCGGCUCCGCGAUGGCCGAGUUUAACCACAAAACGGUCUUCGUGCUGGACCACACGCCGUACUUUGGCAUUUCGUGCGAGGCGCCAAUCGAUUGCGACUUUAUCAAGAGCAAGAUUCCGAUUCCUGCGAUCAGCAAAAGUUUGUGGACGGCUUCGGUCGAAGCGUCGGUAGAGUACUGCCGGAUUGCGUGGGAUCUGUUCCCCGGGGGGAAGUUGAUCCGGUUCGUUGUCAGUGAUACGGCUGCGCAUAUUGUCAACACGUGGAAUGCCUCGACGCAGAGUCUGACGCACGUGAUGAACGCCAUGUCCAUGGUCGGGAUUCCGCCGAGGCAAACGCAGGCGAAUGAUUAUUCCGUUAUUCAUGGGUUGAGGGCGGCGAUCGAGGCGCUGGCGGAACCGACGGAUCUGCAGAAGGAGCAGCUGGCGGCGAACGAGCAGGUCACGUACAAUUUGGGGCGGGUGAUUUGCAUUACUUCGGCGCGGGACGACGCCAGCAUGAAGAGUUUGGAGGACAUUUUCCGGACGGUGCUGAUGCAGCAGAAUACGAUAUCGGCCAGUCAUAAGGAGUACUUGAAGAUUGACCAGUGCCACUUGGUAAUCAUUAAUUUGUACCCGUCGAAUCUGGAAUCGAUGGUGAACAAUCGUGGGUUGAUUGACAUUUCGCCGAUUUUGAAGUCGGAAAUUCAUUCCAACAAGGCGCAUUUGAUCUCGAACAAGUUGACGCACUUGAUUCUGCCUCACUUUGACCUGGCCAGCACGACCGUAACGGGAAUUCCCAUGAAGGAGGAGCAGAACGCUAGUUCCAGCGCAAAUUACGACGUGGAGAUCUUUCACGGUCGAACGGCACACUCGGUGUUCCUGGGGACGGAAUUGGCGCUGCCUCACAGCGUGAAGGACGGAUCGGAUUACGAAACGGUCACACUAAAGUGGUGCACCCCGCGUAGCUGUGGCUCGUCCGAAAUGCAACCGUGCCUUGCCCAGUGCCGAGUGACUCCGGUGGACGUCACGUCGCGGCCCAGUUCGUGCCUGAUCAACUUCCUGCUUAACGGCCGAUCGGUGCUGCUGGAAAUGCCGAAAAAGUCUGGCGGUAAAAUUACCAGCCACUUGUUGUCUGCGCAUGGCGGCGAAAUCUUCAUCCAUUCGCUCAACACGUCCCGCAGCUGCCUCGAGGAACCGCCGUCGAUUUCCGAAGGCGGUGGAGGACGCGUCACCGACUACCGCAUUAACGACUUUGGCCAGCUCAUGCAACUGCACCGGAUCGUGCCGCUUAAAGUGGUACCCGAGCGAGCGCCCGACGAGAAUCUGCUGAAACUGCGCACGAAACUGGCGAAAAACAGCCGUUACUGGCCAAUCACGCUCGGCGGAACCAUCCUGUACAACGUGCGCCAAUUCGUCGAACCAAUUCUGCUGCGAACACAAAAGCUCGAACUGACCGACGACGACGUCCUGCAGUGUCAAAAGAUCGUCUACAAUCUGGCCACCCUCGAGGGUCGCCAGGAAUCGCUGGCCCUGCCCAACAUGGGCCACCGUCUCAAGGGAAACAAACGCGAAGAGCAGUACCGGCUGCUGUGGGCCGAACUGGAACUGGUUGUCAGCUUCAGCGGAACCUCCGCCGGCCACAAAGCGGUCCUCAAGUGCAUCCGCGAUUGCCGCAGCCGGGCCCCGAUCGAAAUUUCCGACAAGGACGAACCCAUCGACGCGCACCGGGCGUCGGUCAUCCGAGCCACCACCGAUUCCCCAAUGUCGCCGCCCCACUCGAUGUCGGCCACCAGCACCAACCCGGACAGUUCCGUGACGGCUCUGCUUGCGGCGAGCGGGUCCGGCCGGGGAACGCUCAAAAAGGGCCAAUCGGGGCCGGGAACGCGAUCGUUGCUGGACAUUCUGGCCUCGUCCGAGCGGGCCCAAAGUCAGAAGCGGAUAGAUUUUAGCGGCCGGUUGUGCACCGCGCCGGGCCAAGUGGCGAAACUGUACCCGAACUUUGGCGUCAAGGACGAGGCGGCGGUGGCGGUUCAGGGCACGGGUCGGCAACCGGACGUGAAGUGAGAUUGUAUUGUUUGCGUUAAUAAAUAGGAGACGUUAAUUA